AUGAGCAACGAACUCGCGAAAGAGCUCAAGCAGCUUCACGCACCCGCAUUACCGAUCAUAUUCACCAACGUCUGGGACCUUGCAUCCCUCAAUGCGGUCUUGAGCCUUAACACAACCGAGUCUAAGCCCGUAAAAGGCAUCGCAACUGCAUCAUGGGCUAUUGCAGCGACACUGGGUAUCAAAGACGAGGAGCUUACCCUAGAGCAAAAUAUGGCCGCCAUCAGCCAAAUUGCGCCCAUGGUGGGAAGCGCCUAUCUACCCCUCUCCAUCGAUCUCCAAGACGGCUAUGGAGAGCAGAUUGAGGAAGCGGUAGCAUCUGCAGUCAAGCUAGGGGCUGUCGGCGCCAACAUUGAAGACAGUAUUCCCUCGGCAGGUUUCCACAAGGGCAUUAACGGGUCACUAUACAACGCAGAUGCACAGGCUAUCCGUUUGAAGCGAGCGUUGGCAGCAGCACAUGAGGCCGGAUGUCCCGAAUUUGUACUCAACGCCCGAUGCGAUGUGUUCCGACUAGAGCCAUACUAUGCCAGCGAUGAAGAGAUCGCGCUCAGAGAGGCCGUGCAGCGGGGACGGGCUUAUCUAAAGGCGGGCGCGACGACCGUAUUCUACUGGGGCGGCUCGGGUCGGGGACUUCGGACUUCAGAGGUUAAGUUUCUUGUUCGAGAGCUCGGGGGUCGGGUUGCAGUGAAACUGGGUGAUCGGCCUGAAUCGCUGUCAACGGAAGAGCUGGCUGAGAUUGGAGUAGCUAGGAUCAGUGUUGGACCGAGCUUGUAUAUCGUGGCGAUGAAUGCUAUGAAAGAUGUAGCGAGGAGGAUUCUUUCAGGGGGCAAGUUGACAGCAUAA